AUGUUUCUAGUUUUUCUACUAUUUCUCUUUCCCACAUGUUCAACUCUGACUUUCGAAGAAGCUAUUGAAGAGUGUGGAAUCACAGAUGCUCACGAAAUUUCAAUCCUGGAUAAUGGAACUCGAGCUAUCGAUGAUAGAUUCUAUGAAUCUUACAAAUCGUAUAAGUAUUUAGCAGAACAGUGUGAAAUCAUCUUACCAGUUUCGUCCAAAUAUCAAUGUUUUCUAUCGAAAACCAUCGAAACCGGAUGUGAUAUUUGGAACUUUUUUGCGGGACCAUUUUAUAAAUGUAUACACAAGUUUGAAAAAUAUUAUAGUGCUGCUGAUUGGCAUGACAAUUCUUAUUCAUCUUGUCUGAAUAGUUGGGAAAUUUAUAAAUGGCAGGGAAAGGUUCGUCACUUUCUGGUGAGAUCCAAUUUGUUGAUUGAUUUUUGCAGUAUUCAUUCGAUUGUUUUUAUUGUAAGCAUUUCUUCGGCGGGCAUAAUUGUAUGAAGUGGUUGACUAUUGAGAAAUGCGGAAAGGAAUCUUGGGAACAGUUGAGAGAUUUUCUUGCGGGAUUUGAUGAACAUUGCGAUUUUACUGACUUGUGA